AUGAACACUAAGUACGAUUGCAUGCUUGCAUUGGUUUUCAUAAAGCAUCAAGGAAACAUGUCUGCUCUAUUUAAUCUCCAAGGACUUCUAACCGUCAUUUUGCUUUUCAUUUGCACUUGCACCUACAUCAAGAUGAAGUUUCCCACGCUUUUCGAUCGGGGCCAGAUGCCAGGCAAGCACGAAGGUUUGGGUGGUUUGUGUUGGAAGGCUUCACGUAUUGGGGAACGAAAGAGUCCAUAUGUGGCUGGUGCGCUUGUUUUGAUGGCCGUACAUACUCUGUUUUUUACCUAG